UCUCUCUCUCUCUCUAAACAGUGACAUCUAAAGACCAAACAAAACAUCUCUCUCUCCUCUUCUCUUUGGGUGCGGUGUCAAUGGCAAUUUGGACCAACCUCCAACACCACCUUACACUGAAAACCAAGAAAGCUAAUCUCUACUCCAUGGCUUUCACCACCUUCCUAUGCUCCGUAUUCUACCUCAUCGGUAUUUGGCAACACGGCGGCGUAAGUACGGGAGCCACCACUUCCUCCUCCUCUACCCUCCCAUGCAAUUCAACAAAAAACACCAACGCCCAUCUCUCCAAACCCCUCGACUUCAAUGCCCACCACACCGCCGAAGACCUCGUCCCCCUGGUGGCGCGUGUCAAACACUUUCCACCAUGCAACCCAAAAUUCUCCGAAUACACACCAUGUGAACACGCUAAAAGAUCGAUGAAAUUCGAUAGAAACAUGUUAAUCUACAGACAGAGACACUGUCCAGAGAAGAAUGAGUUAAUGAAGUGUAGAGUUCCGGCGCCGUAUGGUUACACGACGCCGUUCCGAUGGCCUGAGAGCCGUGACUCGGUUUGGUAUGCUAACGUGCCACAUAAGCACCUGACGGUGGAAAAAGCCGGUCAGAAUUGGGUCCGGUUCAAGGGGGACCGGUUCAGGUUUCCGGGUGGUGGGACUAUGUUCCCCCGUGGUGCUGAUGCUUAUAUUGAUGACAUUGGAAAGUUGAUCAAUCUCAGAGAUGGGUCCAUAAGAACAGCCAUUGAUACCGGUUGUGGAGUAAGUAUAUUAUAAUUUUCUUAUAUAUAUAUAGUUAUUAUGUGCACUUUUUGGGGGCAAAGACCCG